AGAAAGUGUUGGGCCAUGCUAAGCUGUACACGGUGUACCAGACUAUUGUGGAGACGAAAAUGGUGAAGACGCUGGAGAAGACGAGCUGUGACGUUCCUUCAACUUCCCUGAGGUUGGCACCUCCUCAGGGAAGACGCCUGCCUGUGUUUCACAGGCAGUGCGCAAACCAGCUGGUACACGCAGACUGUGUACUCGUACUCGGAGAACAAAGGUUCCAGCGUGUUCCUUGUUCUCACUGGGAGGGUACUGGGGCCAGCGUGCCCUUCAGCUGGAUUAAUCUUGAGAAAAGAUGCACAGAUAACAUGAGAUUACAUGAGAUUAAACAGAGAGAAUAUGAACAGAAACUAAUCAGGAAAUAUGACUUGAAACUGAGAGCAUAUGAGUAUAAUCACAGAGCAUACGAGUUUAACCUGAGAUACCACAUCGAUGAUACUGAGCCUAGAUGCAGUGACUAUCUUGUGCAGAGAAGAAGGGUGAGUGAACUGAAGAUGCGGAGAAUCAACAAAAUGACAAAGCAGAGAGUAAGUAAUCAGAAAGCAUUGAGAAGCUUGAAGGUAAGCAGACAAACAUGCUGUAGCAGAAGUCAGGUAUUGGAAAGUUAUGUAGAGUACUGUCAAGAGGCAAAGAAGGUUUCAAAACCAAAUAGAAAGAAAAUGAGAAGAAGUCAACGUAGACAGGCCUUCCACAGAAUGAGGAAUGGUAAGAUGAUCAAAUUGCGCAUGAGUAAGGAGGACAGAAGAAACCAGAAGAAUGCCCAGAAGAAUUUACAAAGUCACACUAGAAGAAGUUUGAGUUAUGUCUUGAACAACAUGCCAGAUAAGGGAGACAAAUGCAUAGUGAAGAAACACAGCAGAAAUCAGUAUAAACCAUGGAGAUCACAAAAGAGUAAAUUUUCAAAGAGAUCGAAUGUAAAUGAAAUUCAAGACAAGCAGUGCUGGUUGUGCGAUAGGAGUAUUAAGUCAUCUAAAAACAACGUGCAGUGUGAUGGCUGUGACAUUUGGUAUCAUGUGCAUUGUAUGAAUUUCUCAAAGAUGAAACAGGUGUUGAGCAACAAAGCUGUGACAUGGUUGUGCAGAAAAUGUGGGAAGAGUACUUACUCUGAGUCUCUGUUAUGUAAUCUUGGUAUUCCAACAGAUGAUAACCUGUAUGACUUGACAGUUCAGGAGACAUGCACCGAUGAUGUGGUCAGAGAGAGGUCCGUGAGUGGAAUGUGCAGGAAGGACAGCAACAAAGACAAUCAGAGAAAAAAUAAUUUGUGCAUGUGCGACGUGGACGUCAUUGAAGAGAAGACUACCCCUUUGUUGGAAACUGACUAUUGGAAAUAUUUGCACAGUUAAUGUUUUUAAAGCUCACCUUUAGCAUAUAGGUGGGCAAUGAUGUGAAGGACGACUGAUCACCUGUCAACCAUGCCGGAGUUCUGUCAGCCACCUCUUGCAUCACUGUGAUGUCACAGGCUACUAAUCACAGUCCAUCAUCCAAGUCCAAGUACCGUGAGUCAUCUCUUGUACCACUAUGUCUGAGGCUACUAAUCACCCGUCAAUCAUGCCGGCGUUCUGUCAGCCACCUCUUGCAUCACUGUGAUGUCACAGGCUACUAAUCACAGUCUGUCAUCCAAGUCCAAGUACUGUAUGUGAGUCAUCUCUUGUACCACUAUGUCUGAGGCUACUGAUCACCCGUCAAUCAUGCCGGCGUUCUGUCAGCCACCUCUUGCAUCACUGUGAUGUCACAGGCUACUAAUCACAGUCUGUCAUCCAAGCCCAAGUACUGUACGUGAGUCAUCUCUUGUACCACUAUGUCUGAGGCUACCAAUCACCUGUCAACCAUGCCUGAGUUCUGUCAGCCAUCUCUUGCAUCACUGUGAUGUCACAGGCUACUUAUCACCUGUUAUCCAAGCUGAGUAGUCAUUACUAUGAUGUCAAGGACGAUUAAUCACCUGUCAACCACGCCCGAGUUCUGUCAGCUGUCUCUUGCAUCACUGUGAUGUCACAGGCUACUAAUCGCAGUCUCUCAUCCAAGCCCAAGUACCCAUUACUAUGAUGUGAAGGACUACUAAUCACCUGUCAACCAUGCCGGAGUUCUGUCAGCCACCUCUUGCAUCACUGUGAUGUCACAGGCUACUAAUCACAUUCUGUCAUCCAAGCCCAAGUACUGUCGGUCAUCUCUUGUAUCGAACCACUAAUUAUGAGGCUACUAAUCACCUGUCAAUCAAGCCUUGAGUUCUGUCAGCCACACGUUACAUAACUGUAUUUAUUUAAAGCCUGCAAAUCACCUGUCAUCCCAUCAUGAAUAUUGUGUGCCAUCUCUUGCAUCACCUGCCAUUCAAGGCAGAGUUCUGUGAGUUACCUCGUUCAUCACCGUGAUGUCAAAGGCUACUAAUCACCUGUCAUCCAAGCCAGACUUCUCUAUGUCACCUCUUACAUGCUUCUGAUGACCUGGAUGACCUGUCGUCCAAGUAUGAGUUCUGUGAUGUCAAGACUGUAUAUUUGUUGUUUAAGCCUUUGUCCUGUCAUCAAACUCUUGUAUAAACAUGUGAUGGUAAAGGCUUUUAUCAUUUGUCUAACAGGGCUAAUUUCUGUCAGCCACCUCUUGUAUCAGCGUGAUGUUAAAGGCUAUUAAUUUGUAAUCCAGUUUGAAGUACGCCCUUACAUUUAGUCCAAAUUAU